AUGGAGUCCGAGUCCGGAGAGUUCAUUCAUAUGACAAAUACGCAAAUCCGACACAACUACGCUCUCGCCCGCCUACUUCCAUACACCCUCUUUUUGUCUUCCCGCGAAGACUUUCUUCAUGACGGAUCCACGCACAACAAAGCCAGCGAUAAGAUCGUUGAUCUCAACUCUGUUCACCUGCACGAUUGGAGAGGUCCUAUGAUCGCCUAUGGCACUGACGUCUUCGACGACGUUCCCCACAGUUACAACCCAUCCCACAGUCAAGAUCUCGGCCCCUGCGACCUUCGGAUUCUCGCACACUGGCUCAACACUUACUAUCUCAAGUACGGAAAUCUCCGAACGAUUGAGGACCUACAGCCAGAAUUGAGUAAUGUGGUUGGCGUGCGCAUCAACUGCAAUGGCGACGUCGAUACCGACGGUCGUCCUCGUUACGAGCCCAUAGAGCUUCCUGCCUUCCAUCGUAUCUUUGAACAAACAGCUACCGACGUUUCCAAGCACAUCGCAAUCCCUCUGGUUGUUCAGCGCAUUCCUGGAAGUGUCAAGAAAUGGCAGAAGCAUUCGGAGUCAUCCUCGAGCAAGUUCCCUUGGGUCAACACAGCGGGCACUUUCCUGAAUAUCGGCUGCAAGCCCCAGAGCAAGCGAUCCGGUUUCGACUGGGGGUUUGCACCACCGGAAUGGCAGACAUCCGUUGGCGCUGUCGUCGUCGUGCGCAAAGACAAGAAGAAGCUGCUCCCUGAACAUGUUCACGCGCUUGUCGAAUACCACCAGCAUCAUCUCAUGCGUGUCUUCGGGGAAGAGUCUCAAGGUAUGCACUCCGAUGGGUAG